AUGUUCUGGCCGCUGAUUGGCGACCUCUUGGUCUGUAAGCUGAAUUACUGGCUUCCACCGCUGCUUCUCACACUGAACAAUCGUUACGCCAGUGUGCGCGAGGAGGGCUGCUGUGUUUUGGCCUAUCUGGUCUGCUCGUAUCCCUUCUUCUCCCGACUGCACCAGUACUCUCGACGUCUCCUCAUUUGUAAUCUCACCUUUGCCCUGUUCGAUGCAAUGGAUUGCCACCUGGAGACCUAUAUUGCGGACAGGAAGGAUAGUCUGGUGGCCAGGGACUGGCCACUGUACGUCUACUACGUGGCCAAGUACUGGCCUGACUUUGCCAUGGAGUGGAACCUGCUCUACCAGAGGCAGGUGCUGGCCCUGCUGCAGACCGGUCUCGAGCGAAAGAUCGCUAGGCGAAAUGCCAAGGCGGCCAUUCUAUAUUUGGUGCGUCGCACCAAACGCAUCUGUCCACUCCUAACGGCCUGGCGUACGAAGGAUGACGACUGA